AUGGGUGACUGGUUACGACCCGUUUUCGGGCGCGCUAGAACGGGCUCAACCUCAAGUUUUGAAAGGUCGACCAGUCCAAGGAAAGGGGGCAGCUGCGGAACAGAAGGAAGCAAAUUGUCAUUAUCCAGAGUGUCUUCCUAUCUAGGCCUCCGACCAAGAACUCCCCCGGUCCCCCAGUUCCUAGGUCUUGACAGCUUCCAAGGCACACGGAAUCCCGAGAAUGUGUAUCAUAUGCCAUCAACAGACCAAAUGGCUGAGACGCUAAAGGUGGUAAUGAUGAACAAAUGUCCUAUUGAAGCUGUCCCUAUCGAAUACAACGCGUGUAUCCUACAUGUCCUGGAAGCAUACCAGGACUUACGGGAGCAACUGAAGACGACGACGGAUGCGAUCGAGGAGCUGAAACAAAGUCAUACGAAGGAUAUCAAGGAGUUUGAAGCCCUGGCAACGAGGUGGGAGGCGAAGGAAAAGGAUUACAAGUCGGAGUUGAAGAAACUUGAGGUCUUGCUGUCGAGAACUGAGGCAGGCAUGGAGACUGUUGUGAUGGCAAGGUCUAAUAGCGUGAUUCAUGGAUCUGGCAGAGCGACAGAAGCUAUUGAACACGGCAUCAACUCUAUCAAAGCGAGUCACGCUGCACGACAUCCACAAGAUGAUACAGAGCCGCAUAAGCCGGGAGCUCCUUUUGACAGGCGAAAUCGAAAUAUCUAUACUCCCAGACCUUCACGAUCACAGCUUGAAGCUAUGGAUAGGAAGGAUAGAGAACGGGUAUUGGGCCUAGGUUCUGAUUCCUCCUCCUCGUCAUUGAAUGAGUCUAGCUUCCCAUCGCAACAUAGGGAUUCGCUCUCAAUUGACAAGCUCCACAGCCUAGGAAUCGCUACUGACGAUAACCCUCUUCCACAUAGCCCACCCACCUCUUCAUACCUAGAAGCACAACUCAGAAUGGACACCCCAAGCCCCAAACAGCGGCUCCAUCUCGAAAACGAAUUCCCGGGUCUCGGUCCACGCCCAGGCCAGAUGAGUUUCUCAUUUCAGCCAGGUGAUGAUGCACAUAUCUUGACUCCGGCAGAGGCAAUGGAGCUGGCUAAGAGCAACCGGCUGAAAGGCCAUGUCCGCCAAAGAAAGCUAGGGAACCAAAACAAAAGAUUAGACACGCUGAACCAAAACUCACCAAACACAAGAGGGGCCUAUAACAAAAACAAACCCAAUCCCGUCAAAACUAGAUCCACACUAUCUAAUCACCAAACAAACCGCCGAAGCGACGAGCCAUCCAAUUCAGCCAACAGUAAUCGGACCAAACUAGAAAAGCCCCAGCCUCUCACCCGUAAUAACUCAGGCAGCAGUAUCGUCACGGCUAUCUGCCACAAUUCCGGCCCAGGUAGUGCUGCCGGCUCUCGACCUGAGAGUCGGAACAGCCGACCGCAUCCUGAUCGGCAGGUUACUAGAAGCGAGGCUAUUACCGCUGCUCUCCGUGCCUUUGGGGGUAAUAGACGUGGACUGGGUCUGCGCAAGAAGUCCUCUGGACCAGUGGCGGGGGAGGAUAUCCAAGGGGCAGGCAAACCUGGGUGA